AACCCUAAGGAGCUCCAAUAUUUGUGUGCAUGUACUUGAGCUUCGACCUGAUCGUCUAGCAGAUUCUGAUCCGAUGGCGCCUAACGGAGAGAUGCUCGUCGCUUCCAAGAACAACCUCGAGGCUCGCCGCCCUCGCCGGAUGUCCAUGGAGGGCCUGCAGCGCGCCGUGUCCGACCUCUCGUUCAUGCUCGGGAAAGAUACGGCAGUCGAAAAUGCGGCUGCGCUCCCGGCAAUCAGCGAGGUGGAGGAAGCCAAGUGCGAGUGCUGCGGCGUGUCGGAGGAGUGCACGCCGGAGUACAUCCGGCGGGUGCGGGACAAGUUCGGCGCCGGGCGGUGGAUCUGCGGUCUGUGCUCGGAGGCGGUGGAGGAGGAGAUGGCAAAGAACGGCGGGAGGAAGAAGGAGGCAGUGGAGGCGCACUUGGCCGUCUGUGGCCGGUUCCGGCGGAUCGGCCGGACCCAACCGGUGCUGCUGCAGGCCGAAGCCAUGAGGGAGAUCUUGAGGAAGUCGUCGUCGAGGGCGAAGUCGAUCAGUCCGAGGAAUUCCUCUUCCAACAAGGACGUCAAGAAAGGGGGACAAAUAACGAGGAGCACGAGUUGCAUUCCGGCCAUCACCAAGGAGAUGAUGAACAAGUGAAUUAACUAUA